GUCAAAGCCAAAUGACAAAAAUUACUUCAAUGGCGGCGAGUUGCCAUAUUUAUUGUUCUGUAUUAUUGAUUGAUUGAAAAAUGGACGUUGACGAUUCGGCGGUUGAUCUGAGUGUCAGGUCUUUACCGCCAGAACUAAGUGAGCUAAGAGCAUUAACGGCAAGUGGUUUAACAAUAACCCCAGCGCAGCCUCCACCACAUGGCGCCGGCGGCAAGCGGGUGCUGCGCCCACGUUCAGAACAGCGCAGCUAUGCAGAGAGUCCUGACAUUGUUCUGCUCCCAGCCGCUCCACCGCACAGGAAACCUACAAUACCUACAACACCUGCCCCUUUUACUGAUGUAAGCAGCAAAUUGAACUCAUCAGUGAACGUGUCAAUAACACCGAGCGUAUCCAUACCAGCACCCGAAUCGCCACGUGACCCUCGCGAUGACGAAGAGUCUGAAGACGAUGAGAACGAACCGCCUCUGGCCAUACCCGGACACAGAGAGUUAUCGAGUGCUGAAAUAUGGGAGCGCGAUCGUCGUCUACGUGCUCUCAGAGAGAAGCUGCGGGCUGAAGAAACUCGACUGGUCCUGUUGCGGAAGAUAAGGCAGUCCCAGCAGGCCACGGGGCUGCCCCCCGCUAAGGAGAGCGGCGCGGGCACGGCGCUGGCGGGCAGCGGCUGCGUGGUGCCGCCCGGCGUGACGGUCACGCCCGCGCCUCCCCCCGCCCACCAGAACAAGCGGCCCGCCCCCCGCCCCGCCGCGCGCCCCGCCGCGCUGCCGGGCGGCGCCACGCUCACGCCGGGCUCGUACCGCGCGCCGCCGCAGGCCGCCGCCGUCACGCCCUCCGUCACCAUCACGCCCGCGCCGCCGCCGCCCUCGCACCACCAGCCCGCCAAGGCCAGCACGCGCAGUUCCGAAGACACCCAGACGCCGGCGCAGAGGCAGGCGGCCGCUAAACUGGCCCUACGGAAGCAACUAGAGAAGACGCUAUUGCAAAUCCCUCCCCCGAAGCCUCCACCGCCCGAGAUGAACUUCAUCCCCUCCCCGAGCAACACGGACUUCGUGUACCUGGUGGGCCUCGAGCACGUCGUCGACUACUUGACAAACGAGGACCGCAUGCCGCGCUCGAGCGUGCCGGCGCUGUGCGCGCAGUGCGGGUGCGACUUCACGCCGGUGUGGCGCUGGGAGCGGCCGCCCGCGCGCCGCCAGGACGCCACGUUCUGCGUGUCGCCCGCGCCGCACGCGCGCCGCCUGUGCGAGCUCUGCGUCUCCGGGAACGUCAAGAGGGCGCUCAAGGCGGAGCACACGGCGCGGCUAAAGACUGCAUUCGUUCGCGCCUUGCAGCAGGAGCAGGAGAUCGAGCGGCGGCUGGCGGCCCCCUCCCCGCCGCCGCCCGCGCCCCCGNACCCGACUUCAUCUAGGCGAUAAGCACUAGAUUAAAACUCUAACCAAGCUGCACGAUCAGCAUUCCCGAGUCCUCCAUUGCAGCAGGCGUCCCGCAGCGCGUCCCGCGGCAGCGUGCCGGCGCCGCCCUCCCCCGCCCCGCCGCCCGUCACCUCCACCACCAGGCCGUUGACGUCAUCGGAGUCGCUACGCAGCCACCACUCAGAACGCGGCAGCCGCGACUCUAGUGAGGUGGCUGCGAAAAAGAGUAAAAGUUCUUCUUCGAGUAGCACCACCCAGGGCAGCACCAGCAAACAGCAUCAGCAACUGGCAGCCGCGGCCGCCGCGCAGAUGGCCUUCGAGCAGCAGAGCGCCGCCGCCAUGCAGGCUCUCCAGCACCAGCUGCUCAGAGGUCUGAGCGGCGCGGGCGGGUCGGGCGGCAUGUCGGCGGCCGCGGCCAUGAUGCAGUUCACUCCGCUGCUGUACUCCUACCAGCUCGCCAUGGCGCAGGCCUCCGCCCUCGGCAAGAGAUCGGGCAAGGGCAGCUCGUCGGGCGGCAGUAACGCCGCCAUGGCCGCCGAGAUGCAACGCGUGGCCGAGGCGCAGCGCCAGUACCUGCUCGACUUGAUCCCGGGACAGCACGCGCGCAACCCCUGGACCAAGAACUGAACGUUCAUCGGAUUCAAAAAGCGGAUGCAUUUUAACAAUAUAAAAUAGAUAUCUUAAUUUUAAGAUAACUCUUAGGUUAAGACGAAGAAUUUUCGAAUGUUUUUCUAAUCAAUGUUUUGCACAAAAUAAGAAUAAAAACAAUUAAAUACGUAAGUAAUGCUUAGAUAAGUUAUCGGUUGACAGUGCUGUAUUAAAAAAAAAUUUACUAAGACGUGCCAGCCCUAAUUGAGAGCUUUCAUCUUUACUCAUGAAAAUCGUUUGGGUUUGGAAAAUAAAUACGCUGUACGUAUUUAUCAAUAAAGAGGAUAGUGUUGAAAAAAAUAUCGAUAUUAUAUCGAUGUUUAUGUUCUGUUCGAAAAAAAUCGAUGUUUUGAACAUUAUCGAUAUGCAAUCCAUGAGUGUUUGUGAAUUUGGACAGAUUCGUUAACAAUGUAACCGUUGAUUCUAUAAUUGCACCUCUAGAAUUAAAGUGGCUUAACUAACAUGUUUUAAGAAAAUGAGUUUUAUACUUUGAACGGCCAUUAAACAUGUCUAUGAGUUUAUUAAAACUAGAGGUCCCGCAGUAGUCGAAAUUCGACUAUAAUUAAUUGGAAUUGUAAGUUUGCACACUAUUAUG